AUGCCGCGCUCCUUCCUGGUGGACUCGCUGGUGCUGCGCGAAGGCGGCGGCGAGAAGAAGGGGGCCUCGUCCCCGGGCAGCCCCCCGCCGCCGCCCCUCUUCCCCUACGCCGUGCACCCCUCCCACCCGCUCCACGGCCUCUCGGCCGCCUCCGGGGGUGCCUGCCCCGCCGGCCCGGGCCAGGGGGCCGCCGCCUCGGCGGCGCGCAAGGCCGGCCUGCUGUGCGUGUGCCCGCUGUGCGUGGCCGCCGCCUCCCAGCUCCACCCGCCGCCGCCGCCGCCGCUCCUCAAGGCCGCCUUCCCGCCCUUCGCCGCCCAGUACUGCCCCGCGCCCCUGGCCGCCAGGCAGCCCGCCGGGGGGGCCGCCGCCGGACACGCGCCCGCCCUCUACCAGAGCGCCUACCCCCUGCCCGACCCCCGGCACUUCCACUGCAUCGCCGUCGACAGCCCGUCGGGCCAGCUGCCCAGCAGCAAGCGGAUGCGGACGGCCUUCACCAGCACGCAGCUGCUGGAGCUGGAGCGCGAGUUCGCCUCCAACAUGUACCUGUCGCGGCUCCGGCGCAUCGAGAUCGCCACCUAUUUGAACCUCUCCGAGAAGCAGGUGAAGAUCUGGUUCCAGAACCGCCGCGUCAAGCACAAGAAGGAGGGCAAGGGCGGGCCCCACCGCCCCGGGGGCUCGGCCCCGCACAGCUGCAAGUGCGCCUCCCUCUCAGCAGCCGCCAAGUGCCCCCAAGACGACGACGACGACCUGCCCAUGUCGCCCUCCUCGUCGGGCAAGGACGAGCGAGACCUCGCCCUCACCCCCUGA